GCUUAGGUUUGAGUUUCAGCGGACUUGGGUGUCAUGGCGUCGCCGAAGGAGCGCGAUAAAGAACCGGCGUAAUUCUCAACUUCAUUUAGCAGCUUAUGUUACAGGAAUGGAAAAGAAGAGGUUUAACAUCAAUUUGGAAGAUUCUAUAUUUAAUAAAGAGCCGACACCGGUGAAGCCAUUGUUCAAAUUCUCCGUGGACAGCGAUGCUAAAGCUACACAACCAAAGCCCGAUUCGGAUUCUCACCCCCUCUCCUAUAGCGAGUUCAUCAUUAAACAGAAGGCCUCCUCCUCUUCAAGUAAAACUGACUGGGUGUCCCCAAAAAAAGAGGCCAAGAGCAGAGACACAAACCACCCGCUCUGCACGUCAAAAUCUGAACCCGAAGAGGAAACCAAACGUCCAAAGAACGACGUCUCCGCUGGCAUCGAGAAACCCGCAGGGGCUUUGUUGGAAAACCAGGGGUCAAACUGGGAAGAAGAGCAGCUGGUGGGAAAUUUACAAACGGGAAGCACGGACACGCAGAAUGAAGGCGUCCCCUCCGCCGUUUGUGCCCCUAAACCACCUGGGAGUGGAAACAGCAUCAUCGUCAGUCUGAGACAGAGAGGCAACUCAAUUUUGAAGUUUGUACGAAAUGUGCCCUGGGAGUUUGGUGAUAUCAUUCCAGAUUACGUCUUGGGACAGACAACAUGCGCUCUUUUCCUCAGUCUUCGAUAUCAUAACUUGAAUCCCAACUACAUUCAUGAUCGUCUGAAACAACUUGGGAAGGCAUUUACUCUGAGGGUGCUGCUGGUUCAAGUGGAUGUGAAAGAUCCCCAUCACUGUUUGAAGGAGCUGGCCAGAAUUUGUCUAAUGGCAGACUGCACACUCAUACUGGCCUGGAGCCCUGAAGAAGCAGGCAGGUAUCUCGAGACCUACAAGUCUUAUGAAAAAAAACCUGCAGACCUCCUAAUGGAGAGAGUUGAGCAAGAUUUUUUAUCUAAGGUAACUGAUUGUUUAACAACAGUCAAGUCUGUGAACAAGACUGACACGGUCACUCUGCUCUCAACAUUCUCGUCAUUGAAAAGAAUCAUGACUGCAUCUAAAGAAGAACUGACCCUCUGCCCAGGACUCGGACCACAGAAGGCUCGCAGGCUCCAUGAUGUCUUUAAUCAGCCGUUUCUCAAAUCCAGAAAGCAGAAGACCGAAGAAAAGACGCAAGCAUAAGGAACACGGGAGUCGGAAAACACGUGAGGGGGGAAUUGUGGGACACUGACUCGGGUCUCGUUUGUCAAUUUUCAUCGUCUGUUUCCUGGCCCGGGUGUUUCAGACUUGGCACACUGACUGGCAUUCACACUUCACAUCAGGGGUCUGUGCGGUUUAGAGGCGACGCUGUGCCCUGUUGGCUUUUAUUUCUUCUCCAAGGUUUGCUCCGACUUGCAAAGUUGCAUUUUAAGAUUCGCGUCUUUUUGUUUUUUCUUUCCAUUUCAUUUCAUCGACUCGAGAAUUGCAGCGUUUGAGUGAAGCAGGCUGGGGUUUCUCGACGUUCUUUUUGCAGGGUUAGAAAUGAAACUGAAAGCGACAGUUAGGUGGCCGAGUCUAUUUUAAUUAUGUCAAAGGAAAAGAAUGAAUUCAGACUUACUGUCUUGUCAUCAUGUUUUUAAAGUUCCACGCACCGCAGCGGCUGCACUUAUUCUCUGUGUACGAUUGUUUUUCUUUUUCUCUCUUUCAAUAAACAUAUUUUAUUACUUUCUUGA